CAACCAGACGAUCCAGAGCGGCGGACGGGUGCGGCCUGGAAACCUGCCUUGUCAUACUUCGAUCGCCUCGGACGCGAAGGCAAAUCUGUAGUUAAUUAUUUGAGUAGUACUUGAUCAUUACAUUUCGUUCGACCGGUAACACCACGAAUCCACAAGCAUAAUGGAAGACUUCAAUGGACUGGAGAAGCGAUUCGUGGAACAACAUAAAAUUCAGCUCGAAUCUUCGGGUGUGCCAAAGCAUUUGUGGCCAACGGUAUUCAAGAAGCUGCAGGGACAGGUGUACGAUGCUGGCGAAAAUUUCCAGCUCUGCCAGCUCACGUAUUCGGAUGAAGAGCAUGAAGAAGGUGACCCUCUGUGGCAAGUCAUUGUCAUCAAGCAGGACGGCAUGAAAGCGAGUGAUCCUGACAGUGUAUUCCUGAUCGAUCAUGCCUGGACGUUUAGUGCCAACGAAUCACGCCAACACUUGACAAUGAUCCUGGGUUUGCUGGAAAGGAUGGUGGCACUGAUGGACAUUCCAAAUGAAGAUAAUACAAGGGAGGAAUUUGUCGAGAAAGUGCUAAGGGAGAUGUGGAAGUUCUGUGACACAUACAGUCUUGUGGGAAAAACCCCGGAAGAACGCCUUCCAGUAUGGUACAUCAUGGAUGAGUUUGGUGCACGGAUUCAGCACUGCGGGGAACCAAACUUUAGGGUUGUUCCCCUUUACUAUUCUCCACAUCAGUGUUGUUACUCCUUGCUUUUCCCCAUUCAGGAUGUUGAAGAAGGCGACGAGGUUACAAGGAACUUUGUAGAGACGCCACCUGUCGAUUCUGUCACCAGGGAUGCCCAGAUGCUUCCUUGGUUUCCCGUUGACUUGACACAUGUCGAUCCACAUCAGAUGGAGCCGCCAAUUGAUUUCUUUGAGGACACAGCCAGGAUUGAACUCCACUACCAGCAGCUAGGACGCGCAGACCAAAGAACCACACAAAAUGACGCAGAAGAUGGGUCUGGACACAUUAGUGAGACACUUCCAGACCCAGAUUCUGUCGUGGCGGAUCUCCCAAAAGAUAGACCAUUGCGGGUAUUUGCUGAGUACGAGUAUGUUAGGGACUACCUUACCGACAGCCGUUUUGUGGUAACAGAUAUUGCGGAAGAGGCUGACAUUCUUUGGCUUGUCACACACUUCAAAGAUUACAAGGGUCUUCGGGAAAAACCACACUGUCGAGUAAACCAGUUCCCCUGUGAGCACUUGAUAACUGUGAAGGACCUCCUGGCCAUUAUGUGCAGAAGGGCUGCAGACCAAGAAAAGAGUGAGGAGAAGGAAACGAGUGGACCCUCUUGGCUGCCUGUGACCUAUUGCUUAAAAAGGGAGCUUGUGAAGUUUGUUUCCCUCUUCCAGAGGAGAGAAAAGCGGGGAGAGGAUAACCACUGGAUCAUUAAACCCUGGAACCUAGCACGAGGCCUGGACCACACCAUCACCAAUAAUAUAAACCACAUUGUUCGGUUGCCUGCCACUGGCCCAAAGAUUGCUCAGAAGUACAUAUCAAACCCUGUCCUGUUCCACAGAGAUGACAUCAACUGUGAUGUCAAGUUUGAUGUCCGCUACAUUGUGAUGCUGCUGAAUGUGAAACCGCUGAAGGUCGCUGUGUACAAACGCUUCUGGAUUAGAUUUGCCAACAAGCAGUUUGAAUUGAAUGAGUUGGAUGAUACUCAGAAGCAUUUUACAGUUAACAAUUAUAAUGAUGCAUAUCUUCUGCAGAUGUACUGUCAUGACUUCAUCGCCAAAUUUAAUGCCCAGAAUCCAGAACAUCCAUGGAAAAUUACGGAGAAAAAACUGUUUGACGUAUUUUUCCAGGUCUUCAAGGCGGCCACUUCCCAAGAUGCUCCUGGCGGCAUCCCACAGAACGCUCAGUGCAAAGGCUUCUAUGGGUUUGACAUCAUGCUGGAGUGGGUGGAGAAGGAUGGUCAGAAAACCAUGCAGCCAUUAAUUCUGGAAGUCAAUUUCAACUCGGAUUGUAAAAGGGCUUGUGAAUAUUAUCCUGAAUUCUUCAAUGAUGUUUUUAGUGUCAUGUUCUGUGAUGAAACAGAUGGUCAUAAUGUUGCAGUUCUUCAGUAAAUUGCAGACUACCCUUGUAUGCCUUGUCAUACUCUGUGAUAAACUAGAUUUUCUCUGCAUAUAUUGAAAUUGUCUUUGUAAACACGAAAGCUGUAAUUUCAUUGAACAUCAUGUGUGGUAUUAGCAUGACCUUUUUUGGUUUGUGUUUAAUGGUGGUCUUGAAAGUAUUUAAACAAACUCCUCUUCAUGUUUUUUAGGAUAAUUAAACCUGACAUUUUGAAGUGUUUUGGUGGA